CCUUGAACCCCGGUCAUGUGACUGCAUGCUCUUGAACACCUGACUGUCGCAGCUUGACAGUGCAGUUUGCCUCUCUAUGGAGUAGUAUGGAAGGCAUCAUGUAUAUGGUUCGUUGUGGACGAUACUCUCGUCCACAUUUUAAUUUGCUACUAUUAAUUAUCCUCCAGCUUGGCCUGCACACAGUGGAUGGAGUGUGGCCAUUACCGCAGAAGUUUACCUCCUCAACCGAGCGAUACUCUCUGAACUCACAGGCUUUCUACUUUGGGUACGGAAAACAAUCAGCCGCCAAGCAGGGCUGUUCUGUUCUGGAUGCUGCAUUCAAGAGAUAUUUUCCUCUGAUUUUUCCAGACUACACUUCUGGAAAUGGUGUUCUGCGAUUCAAUCAGGAACAAGCUUUUACUGUUGAGAUCAGUGUUGACCAUGAUGAUUGUGAGAGUUACCCCAAUGAGGACACCUCUGAGAAAUACAAUCUGAGCGUCUCUGCGGGACAAGCAUCUCUGAAUGCGGAAACCGUGUGGGGUGCUGUAAGAGGUCUGGAAACCUUCAGUCAGCUGGUGUAUCAAGAUGAUUUUGGCUCAUAUUUUGUGAACAAGACUGAGAUUGAGGACUUCCCCCGGUUUCAGUUCAGGGGGAUUUUGUUGGACACUUCACGUCACUAUUUACCAGUGCAGGCUAUUUUAAAAACUCUGGAUGCAAUGGCCUACAGCAAGUUCAACGUGUUUCACUGGCACAUUGUUGAUGACCCCUCCUUCCCUUACCAGAGCCGUACCUUUGCAGACCUUUCCAGUAAGGGGGCUUUCCAUCCGAUGACUCACAUCUACACACAGUUGGAUGUGAAAAGGGUGAUCUCACAUGCCAGGCUGUGGGGAAUAAGGGUCCUUCCUGAGUUUGAUUCACCCGGCCACACCCAGUCUUGGGGAAAAGGGCAGCCUGGCCUGUUGACUCCCUGCUACAAAGGGAGCACCCCUUCAGGAAGUUUUGGCCCUGUUAAUCCAGUGUUACCCUCCACCUACGAGUUCAUGGCGAAACUAUUUAAGGAAGUGUCAUUGGUAUUUCCUGAUUCCUAUAUGCACUUAGGAGGGGAUGAGGUGAACUUUUCCUGCUGGAGGUCCAACCCUGAUGUCCGAGCAUUCAUGCAGAAGAUGGGAUUUGGACAAGACUUCACCAAACUGGAAGCGUUCUACAUGGAGAACAUUAUGAACAUCACUUCAGCUCUCAAUAAGACGUCUAUCGUGUGGCAGGAUGUGUUUGACUACCAUGAACGACGCAGCUCUCUAUCAGUGGUGGAGGUAUGGAAAAAGGGCUGUUACCUGUGUGAAGUGCGCAAGCUGACUAAAGCAAGGCUCAGGGUGAUUCUGGCCUCUCCAUGGUAUCUGGACCAGCCAGGGCCCACACACAAAUGGGCCCGCUACUACAAAGUGUGGCCCCUCGCCUUCAAGGGUACUGAGGAACAGAAGAAGCUGGUGAUAGGGGGUGAGGUCUGCAUGUGGGGGGAGUACGUUGACGCAACAAAUCUCUCUCCACGUCUUUGGCCGAGGGCAAGUGCUGCGGCAGAGAGACUGUGGAGUGACGAGAAGCAAACCUUCAGUGUGAACAAGGCGUUUCCUCGCUUGCAGGACUUUCGCUGCAAGCUCGUGAGGCGUGGCAUCAAAGCAGAGCCUCUGCAUAUUGGACACUGCAAACACGAGUACGAAGGUGUUUGAAGAUGUUGGAUGGAUUAAUAUUCCAAGGUUUUUCUGGAGGAAAUUUUAGAAGUUAAUAGUUGCCUUCUUUUAAAGUGAUGCAAAAAUUUUUAAAUGUCUUAAGUAUGCACAUAUUAAUGCUUUCUCAGGGACUUAUCUCAUUACCUAUAUUUUGGCAUGCUCAAUUUUUUAAAUAACUUUUUAAGUAAUCCACUUUUAUUUUAAAUGUUGCAAUAUCAGCUAUCACAAUAUUGAAAUGAAAACCUUGUUUGGAAGAUCACAAAGUGCUGCACUGUCAUGUUGAAUUGAACUUGAUGAAUGCAAAAUAAAGAAUAUAGAUUUUGAA